CAGCCUCGUCCACCAGGUCCCUUGUUAGGUACCUUGGGUAAAGACACCUCUCAGCACAACAAUAAUUCAACACAAAUCAAUUUGGAAUUGUAAGAAAUUCGUUCUAACUAAUCGCAUUGGAACGCUCUAUUAUCUCAUCUCAAUUGCUUCAUGCGCAACGUUUCCAUCAAUACAUCCGCGCAAAUACGAAACAUCCCACUUCGCGCUCAAGAGCUACACAAGCUCGAACCUCAAGAUGGCUCAAUACUUUCUUGACCUUUUAUAUACCCUCACAAACUGCAUGAGUUGUUUUCCAGGUUCCCCACAGCUGAAAAUCAACAAUCGCAGUUUCAAAAUUCUGCGGUUGUUGGGUGAGGUAUGCAAUUCCUCUAGGUAUUUAAAAGUCGUGUGUAGCUGAUAUUGCUUCUGCAGGGCGGUUUCUCAUAUGUCUACCUCGUGCAAGAUACCAGCAAUGACAACACAUAUGCGGUGAAGAAGAUAAGAUGUCCAUUUGGACAAGAAUCGGUGGCUCAAGCUAUGAAGGAAGUCGAAGCAUACGCGCUCUUCUCACCACAUCCGAAUAUAAUUCAUAGUGUCGAUUACUGCGUCUCAGCGGAUCGUUCGGAUCCUGGGGCGAAGACCGUGUAUAUCCUACUCCCAUAUUACAGGCGAGGAAAUUUACAAGACAUCAUCAAUGCGAACCUGGUCAACCAUACGAAGUUCCCGGAAAAGAGAUUGAUGGUUUUGUUUUUGGGGGUUUUAAAUGCGUUGAAGGCAAUGCAUCAAUACAAGGUUAAGGGAGGCCCAGGUGGUGCGAGUAGUGCGAAUAAGGCGAAGAAAGUGAGGGCGGAUGCGGCGAGGGCAGAUGAAGAGGCAGAAGAGGAAGUGGAGUCAAGGAGGGGUAGACAAGGAGGAAGAGAAGCCGAUCCGGACAGUGAACAGCAGGAACCACUUAUGGAUGGUGAAGUUACAAUGAGUCAGGAUGGUAUUGCACCAGGAGGAGCUAGGGCAUAUGCGCAUAGAGAUAUCAAACCAGGUAGGCCUUGUGGAGACUAAAUGCGCGAGUAUAUCUAAUGCUAGAGUAGGAAACAUCAUGAUUGAUGACGACGGCGUACAACCCAUUCUCAUGGAUCUCGGAUCCCUAGCUCCCUCACCCACGCCGAUAACCUCCAGAUCACUCGCCCUGGCAGUCCAAGAUCAAGCAGCCGAACAUUCCACCAUGCCCUACCGCGCCCCCGAACUUUUCGAUGUAAAAACCGGCAGUACUAUCGACACCAAAGUCGACAUCUGGUCACUAGGCUGCACAUUAUACGCUUGUCUCGUAGGAAAAUCGCCCUUCGAGAUGCGCAGUGAUGAGACAGGAGGAAGUCUAAGCAUUUGUGUACUGGGCGGCGAUUGGCGCUUCCCGGAUGAAGGAGCCGGUGGAAAAAAGAAGACGACAAAUCAAACGGGGCAAAGUGAAGAUAGUGGUAUUAGCGAAAGUAUUCGCGAGGUGGUGCGGAAAUGCUUGAGGGUCGAACCUAGCGAAAGGCCGGAUGUGGAUGAAUUGAUGGAGAUUGUAAGGGGGGUAAUUGAUGAAUUGCCCGAGGACGGGCCUUCAUGAUUAUGAAUGGGAUAUAGGCGGGAUGAUUUUGGAUGGGGUAGGAUAGGGAGAACUUGAUUCCAUUUGGUUAGGUCUGAUUUCAAUCGGCCAUGUACGAUUUUAUUUUCUUUAUUUUUUUCAUUUGCUACUCCUUAAAGAAAAUAAGGAUGAUCUAAGACAAAGGAUGAAACGAGGCGUUGCGGGAAGGAAGCACUGCUAAGGCUACGGCUACGGCUACCUCGAUUAGCCAGCGAAGAAAAUAAUGAAGAGUUGAGGAGGGUUUCAACUCUCAACUCAUGAGCUUAAAAGCCUACCUAGUUGCUUAAAAGGGCAUGUUUGCUUAUAAUAGAGAUGCGUUUUAGUGAUUUUUACAUGUCUACAUGUCUACCGUAGGCUAGACACAUUUGUUCUUUCUAGCAUAAUCAUCUGUGUUUGUUCCGAUUCUUUUUUCUUCGAUGCUGGUAGUCUGGGAGGAUAUG